AUGUGCUAUGUGAUUGUGCCGGUCAUGGUUGUGUCCGAUCAAAUUAAGUCCAUAGCUCUUGAAAAAUCAAAAAAACCAAUAGCUUCCUUAAAAUGGAAAGUUGUCAAGAUUGUAGAUAUCAUUGACACAUACAGAGUCAAUAAAUCUACGGGUAAAACCACUAUUUCGCAAUACCUAAACCAACAACACAAUCAGAUCCAACAGUCGCCAGAUCAUGACCACCUAAUAACUAUAUACGGUUGGAUCAAAUCGGUGCGAGUUCAAGGAGGGGGAAGAUUCGCUUUUGUACAAGUUAACGAUGGUAGUUGCAAAUCUAACAUCCAAAUCGUGGUUAACUCCGAUGCUUAUGGAUUCGACAGUAUCAGCGCCUCUGGUGUGGGAUCAUCUGUCAUGAUUACGGGUAAACUCGUGCUAAGACCCGAUCGGGAUCUCAAGUCGGGAAAGGAUUCCUUUGAGACUUAUGAACAAAUAUCUGAACGAAUUGAAUUACAGGUUAAUAAUGAGGAAUCUCACGCCGCGGUAGUGAUAGGGGCAAAUACUAACCAAUCGAAGUAUCCUUUGGCUAAAAAAUCUCAUAGCAAAGAAUUUCUAAGGGAAAUAGCCCAUCUUAGGCCCAGAAGUUACUACAUUUCUGCAAUAAUGCGUGUGAGAAAUGCACUUGCCUUAUCCACUCAUUUAUUUUUCCAGCAAAAGGGAUUUUUUUAUAUCAACGGGCCAAUAAUUACUGGAGCUGACUGUGAAGGAGCUGGUGAGCUAUUUAAGGUCACAACACUGGAAUCAGGAGAAGAUGUCAAGAAAGAUUUCUUUGGCAAAAAUGCAUACCUUUCAUGUAGCGCCCAACUUUCAGCUGAAGCUUGUGCCUGUGCUGUGGGCAACGUUUACACUUUUGGUCCCACAUUCCGUGCUGAAAAGUCCCAUACAAGUCGUCAUUUGGCUGAAUUUUGGAUGGUAGAGCCCGAAAUUGCUUUUUUAGAUCUGGAAGGUAUAAUGUGUAUGGCAGAGGAGUAUAUUAAGUUUUGUAUUAAAUUUGCACUAGAUCAUUGCUACGAUGACAUCCUCUAUUUCCAAGAGUUCGUCGAGAAAGGAUUGGUUGAGCGAUUGGAGAAUGUUAUAGGCAAUGAAUUUGCCAGGUUAUCUUAUACAGACGCAGUGGAGAUACUAAUUCAGUGCCAAGAAUCGAACUCUGAAUUUAAAUUUGCAAAUCCUGUAAGUUGGGGAAUAGACUUGCAAAGUGAACAUGAAAGAUUUAUUACUGAGCAAAUAUUUGGCAGGCCUGUCAUUCUAUACAACUAUCCUAAAGAUAUCAAAGCAUUUUACAUGCGUUUAAAUGAUGAUGGCAAAACUGUUGCAGCAAUGGAUGUGUUGGUGCCCAAGAUUGGCGAAUUGGUUGGUGGUUCGCAGCGUGAGGAAAGAUUGGAUUAUUUAUUAAAGCAAUAUGAAGAUCACAAACUUGACUCCAAACCUUACUGGUGGUAUAACGAGCUUAGGUCCUAUGGUACAGUCCCACAUGCCGGGUUUGGGCUAGGGUUUGAGCGAUUGGUAAUGAUGGUGACUGGGGUGGAUAAUAUAAGAGAUGUAAUCCUUUUUCCACGAUAUCCAGGGCACGUGGAGUUUUAA